GGUUCCGGGACGGGUCGAGAAUGGCGGAAGUGGCUCGUCCGAAGAAAUCUCGGCAGACAGCGAAAGGCCAGGACAAAAAGAAAAAGGGUACUACAGAUAUCAAGAAAAAAGAAAAUUUAAGACCAGAACCAGAACUGAACCAGGAAUUGAUUUCCAGUCAACCAGCAAAAGUAGAGUUUUCUACAAUAGGUCAUAAAUCUCAAAAUGAAGCCGUUUCAAAACCAAACACAGAGGAGCAAAGUGAGGAUUACCAAUUGCUUCCUACUUCAGUGGUGGCUGAAGUGCCUGUGGAAAUACUUCAUGAGCCUGAAUUGUGUACAAAAAUUGCAUCCAUUGCAAUAGUUGAAUCUGAAUUUGAUUCAAAACAGUUGAUUGCAUUAGAUGGCGAACAUAAACAAUUUCAGUUAAAUCAGACAAAAUUAAAUUCUGAUAAAAGCUCCAACCUUAAUCAGCAAGUGUCUGAAAACAUUAAAGUUACAGAAGCUCUUGGGCUGCCUUGUUCCAGUAAGACUGCCAGUGAUGACGGUAAACAAAACUCUAGUGUUAUUGAACCUACUGUUUAUGGAUCUUCAGUGGACCAUGGAAAUAUUUCUUCUCAGAAAGGAGGAGUUAACAAGAAGGAAAAGGAGACAAUGGUGAGAAAGGACAUGAAAAAUCCUGCUAUUUUGAUUCUGGGCGAGAGAGAAGUCGUUGGCAUGGAUCUGCCGAAACCUGUUGCCAAUCUUCCUGUACAGUUGACCUUUGAAAGAUUGUACCCAGAUUUACCAAUAGAGGAUAAGAGAGAUUCUAGAACUGCAUCUGUAAAGCAGGUUUCGCCCCAUUUCCAGACAUUGUAUCCAGAGGUUCCUUGUGAAUCAGAAAUUGUACCAUUUUCGAAAGAAGAGCUGAAAAUUUUUGCAUUAGGUUCGUGGAUAGAAAAUGUCGAUACUUACACGGAAGAGUUUCUUUCUGUGGCCAAUCAAGACAAAAAUGACCUUUAUGAACUACUUAUGAACUAUGGAAGAUGUAGGAAACAACUUCAGUUGGCUGCAGCAGAACAACAAACAAUGAUAUGUAAUUAUAACAGUAUUGAGCAAAGGCUAUGGACAUUCAAGGAAGAGCAGCUGACCAUUCAGGGAGUUUGUGCUGAUCAAGCAAAGGUUGCAGCAUAUUAUCGAUUUCAGACCGUGGAGAUGAAUAAUUUAGUCCUCGGAGAGCUGAAAAGGAUAUUGGAUAUUAAGGCUAAUCACUUGCAUCAAACAAUGGCUUUACAUGCCUACACCUCAGUGGUUUCUCGCCUCCAGGUGGAAUCUUACAUUUAUAGGUUGUUAAACAACUCGCCGACAUUUAGGGCAGUGGCAGUUCUGCAAAAGCAAGUCGAUCAAGAACUAGAUUGCAGCUAUUCAGAUCUGCAACUUUUAAAAGAAAGCAUCAGUGUGCUCUUCAGUUUUACCCGAAGAAUAAUUGAAGAUAAUCAAUUCCACAGUGACAUUCUUCUCUGGCUACAGAAAUUGGUUGCUGUGUUACAUAGCGUUGGCUCUUCCGCUGACCUCCUCUUUUUACUGAAUCAUAUCCUUCGAUGCCCAGCUGGUGCAAGCAAAUGGGCAGCUGCAUUUGUACAGAUAGAAGUGUUUAACAAUUCUGCAGGCAUUUUUCUCUUUAUGCAAGCACUAGCCUUACUUCUAUCACCAAUCAAGUUUCGAUCAGAGUUUCUGGUGAAUAUGAAACCCUGUGACCAAAAAUCACAAUCUACACCAACAGAAAAAGAUGUACAGAACUGGACCUUGGUAGAUGAAGCUGGGGAAGAGGAUGAAGAUCCUGACACCAGCUGGCUACUAUUGUCGGAAGAUGAUUUAAUUAUACUUUUAUCACAGUUUCCUUUUGAUGAACUGUUUAAGCAAUUGCUUGGGAUAACAAUCAAAGGUGAAUACUGUCCAGAGAAAAGCACAUGUCAUCAGAUGAUGAAGAUCAUUGGGUUUGCAUCUUCAUUGGUGGAGAUCCUAGCUUUGGGAUUGGAAACCUUUAACAGAGCACGAUAUAGACAACUGGUGAAAAGGAUUGGCCAGAUGAUCAGGAGAACAAUUUGUUACGUAAGUGAUCACUGGGCUCAGUUUGCAACUUUCCACAAAGAACAUGGAAUCGAGAUGGACCAGUUUUAUUCUCUAGAAAAGUUGCAAGUGGAAUUUGAUGAGCUUUUUCUUCGGGCAGUGCUACAUGUAUUAAAAGCAAAAAGGUUGGGAAUUUGGCUUUUCAUGUCUGAGAUGCCAUUUGAAACCUUAUCAAAGCAGAUGAUCUGGAAACUCUUCUACAUUCUGCAUUGUGUAGAAUGUGAGAAUAUCGAGGGAUUAUGCGCUAAACUACAUUCUGAUGAGUGCAAGAUCAAGCUUAAAGAUCCAGAGCACAAAGAAAAGUUUGAACAGUGCCUGUCCAACAUUACAAGCUCAGAAGGAAUAUGUCUUCUCACCACAUUUGCACACAUGACCCACUCAACAAAAGAAAAUGUGGAUCAAGAAUUUGUGAAGAUAGUUGCUUUAGAAAUAUAUGAGGUAGCUUAUGUAAGUCCUUCCACUCGAGAAUCAUUUUCCAAAGUUGGCCGUGAACUUCUGGCCACAAUUUCAACAGCUUAUCCUCAUGUAAUUUCUAUACUUCUGGAUCGUGUACAAGAAAGCAUUGAUAAAGUUGGUAUGGUUUCCUUGUACCUAUUUAAAGAACUUCCGCUGCACCUGUGGAAAAUUACCUCAGCUGAAAUUGGUGUCAUCCGUGGCUGGCUUCUGAACCACAAUUUAUCUACUGCAGAGAACAAACUGGCUUGCAUCAUUCUUGAAGGACUGAACUGGGGUUUUGAUGAACAGCAAACAAAACUUGCUCUUGAUCCUUCCCUUCACACAGAAGUGGCAUUGAUGGUUCUAGAAGCAUAUCAAAAAUACCUCACUGACAAACCGUACAGUGGAUUUAUUUCUGAAAGCUUAAAGCAGGUAUCCUAUUUAGCUAAUGUUGUCCGUCUAACCCAGACUCCCGAAGCCUUGUUUAAUCACUGGGCAUGGGAAUUGGUUGUCAGAUUAAAGCUGCGCCGUAAUCAUCCAUGCAGUGACCAUGGUUGGCCACCUAGCAACAACUCUUUUACUGCACCUGAAAUGAAUGAGUCACCAGCACUCCAUCCUCUUUUUAAAGCUGUAAAAUCUGGCAUUCCCAUUGGUUGUUAUCUUGCACUUUCAAUGACAUCAAUAGGUCACAGCGUUGACAAGUUUUGUUCUGAAGGCAUAUCUCUUCUAGAAGUACUUGUACAGUCAAAGUAUCUUAAAGCAGUAGUCCAUGUGUUAGAUGAGAUCUUGCCAAUCUUCUACUCGUGCCAGUACUAUCUUCUGAAAAAUGAACAGUUUUUAUCAUCUUUGCAGCUUUUUCUUCAGACUGACAGUGUUGUACCUCAGGGGAUGACUCAGCAGAUGACCCAGAGAGUAGCACAGCAUUUAAUUGGCAUCAGUUAUGGUGAAAACAUUAAAUUGUUAAACAGUAUGAUCCAGACUCAUCUUGUUGAAAGCAGUAAACCUGGCAGAGUGGGAAUUGCUGAUGUUUUGGAAUUCUGGAUUCAAGUCUUUACGAAUCAGCACCUGUGGCACAGAGAUAAAACUGUUUUGUUUCUAAUGGAUAGUCUUUGUAAGACAGCAUUUCUGCAUCAACAGGAAGACUGUUUACAAAAGUCACUUUACCAACAGCACAAGAAUGCUCUUGGAUACCAUAGUGAUCGUGGAUUAUUGACUUCAUUCAUGAGCUGGAUGAUAGCUGGCAACAUAACACCCUCAUUCAUCGAAGGCAAUGCUACUGCAACUGAGGUCUGGUUUUCCUGGAUCGUAUUCAAUAUGGAGGCAAUUUUUGAAGAGGAUUCUCAACUUCGUCGGUAUAUGGAACUUGAAUUAAUAAGCAAUUCUUCUGUUACUCCAGAUCAAGCCUUAAAGAAAGCCCAAAGCCAUUUAAAACUUCCUGUGGUGCCUUCCAUCCAGAGAUUAAUGAUCUAUCGCUGGGCUCAUCAAGCUUUAGUUACUCCUUCAGAUCAUCCGCUUCUGCCACUAAUCUGGCAGAAAUUCUUUGUCCUGUACCUUCGCCGACCUGGACCAGAGUUUGGUUUGCCAGUGAGUGGCUGUAUUGGAAAACGCUAUUUCCACAGUACUUCGCAUUCUACUUUGCUGAAAGAAAUGAAAAAGCGUCUUGUUGAAAUAGCAGAUUUUCAUCAUGAAGCUGGUAAAGCUUUAAGGAUUUGGAAGAAGGCGCACUCUUCAGAAGAUGCUUCAUCACCUGAUGAGAAUCUUGUAAUUCAGCGUCCAGAAUCAAUGACUUCACCAGAAUUGCACAGGGAAUUGCUCAGGCUUUUCCACGUUUUUACAUUUUGGCUGGAGGAUAUCAAUCUACAAAAAAAUGAUCUUUACCUACCCUCUCUACCUGUACAAUAUGAUGCACACAGAUUGGCAAAAGUCAUGCAAAACCAACAGGAUCUUUGGACCGAAUAUGUUGACAGUGAGCGUAUAAAGCAUGAGCUCCACGAGACAAUGAAUCUUUGGAUUCAGCUCCACUCUGCAUUAUCUGUAACUUAUAGAACAUCCAGUUUUAAUAACUCUAAUCCACUUUCAGCUAAAGACCAAAUCUAUAAUGAUCUGAAAACCCGCAAUGCCCCUGUACCUGCUGUGACACUGCAGCGUGUGAAAGCUCCUGUUCCAGAUAUUGUCUGCAGUAGUCUAACAGACAAAAAAGCAGCAAUUGAGCUUGUUUGGCAUUAUCUAAACAUCUUGCAACAACAAGCAAAAAUUGCUGCCCAAUGGGAAUCCCAGCAAGUAGCUCUCGACAGUGAGGUUUUGGAAAUAUUACCUAAAUUAUAUAGCAAUCGAGAGGAACAGAUCACAAAGAAAUUGGAGUGCCGAGGUAGUUCUUCAAAUCGUACUUGCCAAGGAGCAACAAAUGUCCAUGUGAAGUGCAAACAAUUGUAUGAGGAUAAUGCUGUAAAACAACAGAUUGGUGCUUUAGUCAAAGAUACUAGCCAAUUGCAAACCAAUGUUGCCCAUCCUCCUCCUCAAAAUAUUGCUGAAGCUGCUGUAUAUGUGGAGAACUUAAUAACGGCCUUAGUGAAUGCCUUCAAACUCCAUCAUACAGAAAGUUAUCAGAAAGUUGGCAUUGCCUUGUUCUAUGAGAUUGUCUCCUUUGUGUGUGAUGAAACACAGCGGCAUCCACCAACAAGACAGUUCUUUACAUCAUGCAUUGAAAUCCUUGGACAGGUUUUUCUUGGCUGUGCUAAAACAGAAAGCAAAACUAUAUUGAAAAAGGUUCUUGAGAAUAGAAGACUGUGCAAUCUUUUGUCACCGUACUUCAAUCCAAAUAUCUCUCCAGAUGAAUAUGUCAUUCUUUAUGGCAAAGUUGUCAAAGUACUCCACACAGAAAAUGGUGACAUCAUCUUUAUGUUAUUAACAAAGUUUGAUCUAAUAUUAUGGUUGAAUUCCACCAAGCCAACUAUGAAUGAACGAACACAAUUAUUAGAAUUGAUUCAUUUAGGCCUUACGUUGUGUGGCCUUCAACCUGAGGAAGAAAUCCAGAUGGCUUUUAAUGUUCUUUGUAAACACUGGAUGUACAUUCUGCAAUAUCAGUUCCCAGAUCACUACAGUGACUUUCUCAGACUUCUGAUGCAAAGCUCAUCAGAACAAAAGUUGAAUCCUGACUGUUGGAAGAUUGCUCUGAAAACCUUAAAUUGUACCUCUGAGGUUGAAUGUGAGCCCAGAAUAAUGAGAUCUGCAGAAACUCGUUGUUCCCAAAAGAUCAUUCUGUCAUUCCAACAGGUUCAGGAGACCAUACAUUGGCUUUCUGAUUUCUUCUACAAACUGCGUCUUUCAAAACCAGAUUUAAGGAGCUUUGGACUGUUUUCAAAGUGGACACCGUAUAUGAAUGAAGUGAAGAAAUUCCUGAUGUUCCUUGCCAAAUAUUUUAUUGAUUCUGAGAUCUCCAAACUUUUCCAAGAAACUGUGGCCAGCAACAAAAAUGUAUCAGGAUUGCAAUUGGUCUAUGCAAAAUUGCUAGAACUGUUCAAGCCAUGGCUACUGGUAUUAAAUGCAGAAAAAGGAAGCAACAACCAGUCCUAUCCUUGGUUAGAGAUUGACACUCCAAUUGCAUCUGGUGUGGUGAAGUUGUUUACAAAAUGUGUUGAUCACCUGCAUCAGAGUUGUAAAGAUAAACUAUUUCCUGGGCAUCGAGGUGCUCUGUGGUUCCAUUUGAUGUAUUAUUGUGAAACGUCCACAACACCUAAAAUGCCUGAGUAUAUUUUGUACACCUAUCAUUCUGAAUAUUCCAAAUUACCAUGGCGAGAGCUGUAUCCUGAUCAAGCUUUGAUGGAAGAGUUCUUUAAAGUGGAGAGAGGAAGCCCAAAGAGCUGUUUCCUGUUUUUGGGAACAUUACUAUGUGAGGUUAACUGGGUUAAUGUUCUUUCUGAUGCUUGGAAUCCCCAACCCCUCAUGCAUACAAGGACCAUGGUUGUGUAUUUGUUGUUUAUGAUGGUAUUUCUAUCAAAAGAGGACGAACUUACAAGCAAACCAGAAUCUCCACUAUACAACCUACUUGGACAAACAAGUGCACUACCUUGGCAUUUUGUGGACAUUGCAUCAUACCAAAAUGUCCUGAGCUAUUUUAAAAGCCACUAUUCACCUUCUGUUGUCAUUUUAAAAGAACCAUCUGCUGAAUUGAUCUUGAAGCUUUUAAAAGUGGUCGCAGGAUUCGGUGAUACCAUGAACAUACACAAUGAUGCCACACAUAAAUGCAAGGCUUUUGUCCACCAAGUUGUCCAGAGCCUCGUCACUUUAGAUCAGAAUACUCGGAUAGUCCAUGCUCAACUAGAACACGAGAUGAUAGUGUUAUUGGAUGAUAUUGUCCUUUUUAAUCCACCAGAAGUGGACAGUCAGCUGCGACACAUGGCAAGCGCCAGUCUUUUUAUGGAAGUAUUGAUGAUGCUGAAUAAUAUUAGUGUCACAUCCUCAGAAUCACUGCGUAUAAGUUUGCGGUCUUGGAUCGAGACUAAGGUGCACUAUAAUCUGGCAUUACCCCUACUGACUGCAGUAUGUCAAAGUGUGGCAUCUGUCAAGCAUAUGGCAGAAAUGACUGAAGCCAGCAUUAUGGCUUACUUCAAGGAUGGUGCAUGGCAUGAUCGAUAUUUUGGAUGGGGACCAAUUUUAGUAUCUCUUCAAGUGCCAGAAUUAACUGCAGAAGAAUUUCUGAAAGAAUGUUUAGACUUAGAAAGCUACCUGACACUUUAUGUGUACAUUCUUCAGCACCUAAACAUGGAGCAGACUCUAUCCAAUGAAAUGAAAAUGCUUGUUCUACUUAAUAAGUGGAUAGACCAAGUCUUUCCUAGCAGUGCAAAUGAAGAGGUUAAACUGUUCCUAUGGUGGCAUAAAUCAAUGCAGUUGGCAUUGAUCCAGCUUGAGCAAAAUGAUGCAACUAGAUUGGAAGUUUUGACAAGGAUACUAAACGCAUUGCAAGUGAAACAAAGUCAUCUGGCAGAGGAGAGGGUCUCUUCUGGAAUUCUGGGUGCAAUUGGUCUUGGAAGGAAAUCUCCACUCUCAAACAGGUUCCGUGUGGUAGCUCGAAGCAUGUCAGCAUUCCUGCUAGUUCAGCUUCCUUCAGAAAACUGCAUUCGUCUGAAGCCUGGCACAGAACUACAAUUGUCUCUCAAAGCACAGCAGGCCCUAAAUGUACUUGAAACAAUGUCAUUGAGUAAGCAGUAUGCAGACUAUCAAGAGGAGAUUUCACAGGCAAAAUUGUUCAUCAAAAAUCCAAUCUAUUGUCUUUGGGAUGGCAACAAAUUACUAUCUAUACUUAUUAAUUUCCUUUACCCUAACUCACAUUAUCUAGAUAUUAUCCGCUAGAUAUUUUGCCAAAGGAGGACCUCGUCACAAGAUUAAGAAUACUGCAAGCCAUUUUACAAGGAUAUCAGAAAAAAGAAUUUGAACUAAAAUUGCAUUACUAAAUUUCUUAAUAAACAGUUAUCAGGCAACAAUUGCUUUUUACAAAAUAUGCAUUAAUAAAUGGUCAAAGGAUUUUUUUGGACAUCAAUAUCUGUAUUUUUAUACAAUAAUCUGUAAUAUGUAUUACAUUGAGUUAAAAUGUUUUGCCAGUGAUGCAUUGUUGGUAAUUCCAUAGCUGUGGCUUUCAUUGUUUGUGGAAAUGGUGAAUUAAGUAGCCGUAUUAAACAACUACUUAAAAGCAUCUAGGAAAUUUGUGUGAUAGAGACCAUAGACGUCUAUUGGCUUAUUUUAAAACUAUUCAAAAUUCCUCUCCGUUUCAAUUCAUCCAAACAAAUCUUCCUUAAAAUACAUAUUUUACAUUGAAUAAUUUAGAUUUUGCAGCAAGCUUAUUUCUUAAUUCCUCAUUUCAAAAUUAUUCAAACUAUUCAAAAUUCCUUAUUUCUUUAUUGGUUUAUUCAUCCUAGAAUAAUGAACAUUUGUAAGUGAUUUAAAUGUAGCAAGUUAUCCCUAUGCAGUUCAUGAGCAUUAUUAAACACAUUUUGACAUGGAGCAUAUUGAGAGAUACUGAGGAAGAGAACAAAGGCCAUUAAGGAACUAAGUUUGCAAAAUGAGGAAAAUCAGAGGGAACUGAAGAUUAAUUAGUGUGUUAGUAUUUAGCAGAGUAAAAUGAACAAGAAACCAAAUGUAGGUAUAUUAGAUGAUUAUAGGAAUGGAGAAGAUCACAGGGGGAAUUUGAAAACAAAUAUGUUCUGAAUGAGAUUUGGCUUGGAAAGAAUGGAAGGUGCAAAGACACACAGGAAUAAAUUUGAGUUGUCGUGUCUUGGGGUAACCUGUUUGUUUCUGAAUAACAAUUCCAGAGCCCUGGGGAAAAAUUAAUUCAGGAUCAUUAUUUUAAAUUUCUUUCAAUUAAUCAUUCAAUCUUGUUAUACAGUUUUGGGCACUGGAAAUGGUUUGUGUUUGCCUACCUGAUUCGUGUUCACCUAACUGACCCUUUCAGAAUUUUAAAUUAUUUUAUCAAGUCAUUAUCACAACUUGUUAAAGGCAAAUUGGCAGAUGUUAUUUUGCAAGUAAAAUUUUCUCAUAUUGAUUCUUUAUAAUAUGUCAAAUAAACUGAAGGAUAAUCUUGAUGCCGUCAUAGUUGGUCACCUAUUUCUGACAGUCCUUUUCCCUGCUGUGGCAUCUCAAUCUGCUGUCCUGAACAAUUAUACUCCAUGGGGGCAUUUCAGGUAUUUAAAUGGAAUUGUAUAGUUUAGUACCAUUAGCCUUGGAAGUUUUCCAUGGAAAUAUUAGCAUAUGCAUAGUUAAUAUAUUCACAUUAAAUUCUUGUGUCUACUUUUGGUGCUUUUUCAUUUCAAGCUGCUAAUUUAUAUAGAUAUGGAGUGCCAUGUUUUUUUUAAAUUUUCCUUGGAAUUUCUUUAGUUUAAAAUGUAAUGUAUCGGUUUUUUUUAAAUCACUGGAAUUUCAUUAAUUUCAUUAGUCAAUGCUAAGGGUAUGUGACUAAAUAAGUUCUCAGUUGUAGCAACAUAGGUGCCAUAUUAUCUCCAACCUCAAAUAUUUUUUUUACUACAGUAAUCUAUAAAAAAAUUAAUAACUAUGAAUACUUAACAGGCUGAUUCUGCAAUGAAACAAUUACUUUUUUCUCACUGAAGAUCUCAAAGUAGAAUAAAUUUGUGUUACAGCAACUGGAAAGCAGCCCAGUAUAUUUCAAAUUUUCCAGUGUUGAGGAUAAGCAAAUAUUUUUGUAAAGUAACAUCAAAAUACAUCUAAAAUAAUUUAAAAUCCAGUGUAAUAACAAUUGUCUACUUCGUAUAAAUGAUAACAUUUCCCAAGAUUAAUGUUUGAUUCAAGUUUGAGGCACAUCUUCGAUGCUGCUGUUACAAUGAUAUAAGGAUUUGCACUUUAUGGAUGUGAAUAAAAUUGUUCAAAUAUAAUAAGUGAUAUAAUUUACAAUAGCAAAGGUUUUUUUGUUCUGUUAUUCAAUUUAGUCAGAUUUGAGAUUAUUAUUAAUGUAUAAUACAUGUUUGAAGUGUAAAGAUUCAAGUAAUAUUUGAAACAUGCAAUGAAUGCAGUGCAUCAAAUGAUGCCAAAAAGUAUAUUUGGUUCUUCUGGAAUUGUAUCUGCCUAGUUAUUUUUGAGUAAUGCUCUGAGGGGUUUUGCUGUACAUAAGCUGCAUUAUGAAUUUUUACUUGGUGUUCUUAAAAUCUUAGUUGCAAUUGAACUUUUGGAAUUAAGGUAUCUGUAAAAUAAAGAUAUUCUGUGCCUAAA